AUGCUUAUAUUUAUUUCCCUAUUUCUCGGUGUAAAUAGUUUUGAAUUUUCAAUUCGCAAACAAACUAUAAGAUGCUUCAGUGAAGAACUCACAAAAGGUACAUUAUUCUGAUAUGAAACACAGGUACUGCAAAAAUCUGGCACAAUUUGGACAAGAUUUUCUUAUAAAGACGUCGAUCAAAUUCAUGAAGCUCCAAGCACUCACUAUGAUAAUUUAAACUACACAGCAGCAAACGACGGUACAUAUCAUUUAUGCAUUGAAAAUCAAAGCCCUUCCGAAAUUUCAGUGUCCCUCGAUAUCAGAAUAGGAAUAGAUGCCAAAAAACCAUCAGAUCCAUUAUCUGUAAAAUCAUUAGAUGUUUCAAAAGUCCAGCUUCAAAUAGUCCAGGAGUAUAUAAAGCAGCUUCAUAAUGAGCUUCAAUAUAUAAGAGAGCGUGAAGAGGAAAUGAGAAAUACAAAUGAGACUAUACAUGUUUACGAUCAUUAGCCACUAUUUUCUCUCUAAUAAUAAGUAAAAUUGUGCUUAUUAUUAGGGUAAUUUUUUACACGCAUUUUUUGGCUAGUCAAAAUUUAAAUUUGGCUUCCCAAACAAUUUUUCGAGCUAACUUACGUCUUUUUUACCAAAAUUCUCUUUAAUGGACUAUUCAUUGUAGACUAGUAUAUAUAUUCUCGGGUUAUUUACUACACAGCUUUUACAAUAGUUAUGCUGAUUUUGAUAUCAAUCCUCCAAAUAGUUUAUUUCCAGAAAUACUUAAAAUCUAAGAAAUUAAUUUAA